GCGAAAGCCGCUCCGCCUCUUCCGAGCGGGGUCGCGUCCCGGCCAGGCGGGCGUGAGGUGCUGGACCCUCGGCAGGUCCAGGUAGCCCCGGGCCGGGCGCGAUGUCCCGCAACCUGCGCACCGCGCUCAUUUUUGGUGGCUUCGUCUCCCUGGUGGGCGCCGCCUUUUACCCCAUCUACUUCCGGCCCCUGAUGAUGCCGGAGGAGUACAAGAAAGAACAAGCCAUAAAUCGGGCUGGAAUUGUUCAAGAAGAUGUGCAGCCUCCAGGGUUAAAAGUAUGGUCAGAUCCAUUUGGCAGAAAAUGAAAGAGCUGUCAGUAACCCUGAUUAUGGAUCGAGACACCUCCACGCGCAGUUUGGCGCAGAGUCUAAUAAAUCAUCUGGCUAGCGAAUGAAAGCCGGAGACGCCAACUCUACUGCUAUCAAUGGGAAGUACUUGUCAUCGAAGCCUGCGCCCAAGGAUUAAGACAAAGUAGCCAGAGAACCCUAGAAUACAGGACAGCAUUAGGCAGCUCUUCCUGGUUGGACUGACUUUCCGGCUGGGUUUGGAGAUCUGCUUAUUACUCAGCCUCCCCCCUGCCAACCCCCUUCCAGCAGCUCCGUGAUAUGAAUAUGAGCCACCAGUGGUCCCGGGAAGGUUCAGAUCUACUUUACCAUCUUCCAAAUCAGAGAAUCCAGUAAAAA